AUGAAGUCUCCGCCCCUCAGGUCGGCAACGAAACUUAAGGCCAAGUCAUCAGACAUCAGUACCGAAAUUGCAUUUGACUUUACUCCCGGCGUUCCUAGCGCAGCAAUAUACCUGCCACAUAGCCAUUGGCUACGGACCGCCUCGCUUAACCGGGAAAAGCCUUCGACGUCUCUUCUAGAUUGCUUAAUCUGGUCUUGA